UGAUUGGAACAGACACGUGCAUCCUGCGGGACAGAAACAUCACCUCCAUCAAGAACUCCUCGUUCUGUCUGUCCGCCAACAACAUGGGAAACCUGACGAGGCUGGUGAACAUGACCGUGGACAGCAACAAGAUCUACGUCAGCCCCAGCGAGGAGUACUUCAAGUACAACGUGUUGCACAUCUCCAAAGGAAUCGAAUUCCCGGGAGACAUCCGCUGGCCUCUGGCGGGAUGUCUGCUGCUGGCCUGGAUCAUCGUCUACUGCUCGCUAGCCAAAGGAAUCAAGUCGUCAGGGAAGGUGGUGUAUUUCACAGCCACGUUUCCCUACGUGGUGCUGGUCAUCCUGCUGAUCAGAGGGAUCACCCUCCCCGGGGCCUUCGAUGGCAUCCUCUACUUCAUCACGCCGAAGUGGGAGAAGCUGAUCGAUGCAAAGGUGUGGAAAGACGCAGCCACUCAGAUCUUCUUCUCUCUGUCGGCGGCUUGGGGAGGCCUCAUCACUCUCUCUUCCUACAAUAAGUUCCACAAUAACUGCUACAGUGAUACUAUUAUUGUGACAUGUAUAAACAGUGCCACCAGUAUAUUUGCCGGGUUUGUCAUCUUCUCGGUCAUCGGUUUCAUGGCACAUGAGUUGAAAGUGCCGAUAGAGGAGGUGGCAGAUGAAGGUCCAGGCCUAGCGUUCGUGGUGUAUCCAGAAGCUCUGACCAGACUUCCUCUGUCUCCUUUCUGGGCGAUCAUCUUCUUCCUCAUGCUCCUGACUCUUGGCCUGGAUACCAUGUUUGCCACCAUCGAGACCAUCGUGACCUCCGUGUCCGACGAGUUCCCCAAGUACUUGAGGAAGAACAAGCCCUUCUUCACCAUGAUCUGCUGCCUCUGCUUCUUCUUCCUGGGCUUCCCCAUGAUCACAGAGAACGGGCUGUAUAUGCUGCAGUUGGUGGACACGUUCGCAGCCUCCUACUCUUUGGUCAUCAUUGCGAUCUGCGAGCUGUUGGGGAUUUCCUACCUCUAUGGUCUGCAGAGGUUCUGCGAAGACAUUGAAAUGAUGGUUGGUUUCCAGCCAAACCGGUUCUGGAGAGUCUGCUGGGCCUUUGUGACGCCGACCAUUCUGACGGGCAUCCUGGGACUGAGCCUGUACCAGUGGAAGGGGAUGACGUACGAGGACUACACCUACCCCAACUGGUCCAUGGUGAUGGGCUGGCUCAUGGUCGUCUGCUCCGUCAUCUGGAUCCCCAUCAUGUUCUUCAUUAAGAUGUACCUGGCGCCCGGCACCUUCAGGGAGCGCCUGAAGCUGGUGUGCUCCCCUCAGCCGGACUGGGGUCCGUUCCUGUUGAAGCACCGCGGGGAACGCUACAAGAACAUGACCGACCCUCUGGGAACCAGCUCCCUGGGCCUCAAGCUGCCGCCCAAGGACUUCCAGCUCGAGGCCUACCAGUAGCAGCCGGCGGUGCAGCGCCGCACCACC